UAGAUUUCAACAAUUCAAAAUUAAUCAGAAAGCUCAAUUUGUUUUCGUAAUCUUGCCGCAGUGAUAUAUAUUUUUUAGAUUUUAACGGCAGGGUGUUUUACUUAGCAUGCGUACCCUUAUUACGCUUAUUGGACUGCACAUAGCAUCUGUUCUGCUCUUUCUUUCGGGAUUUUUCUCCGUGUCUCUGUUGGACACAAUACAGCAUGACCGAGAAACUCCCCACUCUCCGCCACCGCCGCUGUCACGCUUACAACAAUCCGAAAUUUCAACAACGCUUUGCCCAGGUUGUUAUGAAGAUGUUCAGCAACAGCCUGGCGUACCAGGAUCGUCGGGUCCCGAAAAGAACAUCAGCAAACCCUUUGUGGACAAGUUGGUUCUUAUCCUGAUCGAUGCAUUGCGAGCAGAUUUUGUUUUUACCGUGAAAUAUGAGGGGAGUUUCGGGUUUGUCGCGGAACAAAUGCGAAAUGGAAAGGCAUUGGGAUUCAUUGCCAAUGCGCGAACGCCCACGGUUACACUACCUCGUAUCAAGGCGCUAACAACGGGUGUUGUUCCUGAUUUCUCAGAUGUGAUUGUGAAUUUCGGUGCCAGCCGACUCCUAACGGACAGCGUAGUACGGCAGUGGGCCUUAGGUGGUCGGCGGAUGGUGUUCUACGGGGAUGAUACAUGGAUGAAAUUGUUCCCGGAUACUUUUCUCCGCAGUGAGGGCGUUUCAUCCUUCUUUGUCAACGAUUACACGGAGGUGGACAACAAUGUGACGCGCAACAUUGAGAAGGAACUCCUUCGAUCCGACUGGGAUGUUACGAUCGUUCACCUGCUUGGACUGGAUCAUAUCGGUCAUUUGGCUGGGCCGCAUAGUUCGCUGGUUGACCCUAAACUAAGGGAAAUGGACAGAGUUGUUAGGAAGAUGUACCGAUUUAUUGAAAACCAGUCUGGAAAUGGUCUGGUCGUGCUUUUUGGUGAUCACGGAAUGACGGAUACUGGCAGUCACGGAGGAAGUUCCGCGACGGAAACGGAAACCGCAAUGGUUUUUCUUAGUCCAGCUUUCCGCAACGCGAACCCACCAUCUGUUGCAUCCAUCGCACAAGUCGAUUUGGCUUCAACCGUAUCGAUUCUCAUGGGAACAGCAAUUCCACGGGAAAAUACCGGUCGUCCGAUUUUACCCGUUCUGAAACAAUUUCUCCCGGUGGACGCACUGCAGACGGCUUUAUGCGACUUAUAUGCGCAGCUAUCCGUAAGACGCAUGAUUCGCGAUGAAGAAAAACACCGUGAUGUUUUUGGCUUGUGCACGCGGAAUGUUUCGCACAUCGAUGUGGACACAUUCGACAAAAUUCUUGCCACUGAGACCAGAGAAGAAUCGAAGGCUUACAACGUAAUUUCGAUGGGCUGUGCGGUGAUAAUUUUGCUGCUGGUGACAGCUUGCCAUUUAAAAGCUGCGUUAAGAUCAAGAAUGAAAGGUGAAAACCGAGGACAGCGAUGGAUGAUGGCGGUGCUCGUUUUUCAUGCAUCGAGUUUUCUAUCCAGUAGUUUUAUUGAAGAAGAGCACCAGAUGUGGUAUUAUUGGGUGUCAACGGUGUACCUGAUGUUGUUGUGGCGUUGUUUGACGGAAAAAAAGACCAAAGGAAUGUGCUACGUAUUGGGGCUGAUGGUCAUACAAAGAGUUCUCAGGGAAUGGAAUCGAACCGGGGAUAAAUGGGCGGGAUUGCCGGAUGUUGGCGACUGGUUAAGAGAACCUGAUCAUAAUUUUUCCCUGAACGCUGUUGUUGGACUGUCCAUCCUGUCACAGUUGGUGCUUGUCUACAUCACCGGAAAUGCCAGGCGCAGUGUGCCAGGAAUUAUAGCAGCUGGAUUGUACCAGAUAUUCGGAUUAAACUGGGCUGCGUGGAUUGUUUACGGGAACCUGUUUGUGACUGUUUUGUUCGGAAAGCGCACAAAUCCGAGGAGGGCGGACAUAUGCCAGUUUGGACUGCUGUGUCUAAUCACCAUUCUGGUGAGGCCGCACAAUGUUGUUCUUGUGACUGGCUUGAUGGUUAAGGAGCGGUUUAUCCGGAUCGUUUUGAAGGAUUUGGAAAUUCCGAAUCGUUUGAUUUGUUUGAUUUACCACAGUGAAGCGUGGUGUAGUUGGUUUGCAUUGGGGAAUUCCAACAGCAUAUCCACCAUCGACGUCUCGGCCGGCUUUGUCGGUAUUAACUUUUAUUUUGCCCCCCUGCAUGCGGUUCUAAUUUUGCUGCACACAUACUGCGGGCCAAUAUUCUGGCUACUAAGUUUUUGUUGCUUUUUUUCAUUGAACAAACAACCACGGAUUUGUGAUUGGAAAACGGUUCAUUUAGGCUUGGGAAUAAGGAGUUGUUUCGGUUUGAUGGCCUUUCUCAGCUGUACUGUACAGCGGUAUCAUUUAUUUGUCUGGACGGUGUUUGCGCCCAAGAUUCUGUAUGAAAGUGUGCAUAGCGUGGCUUUUUGCUUUUGUAUGAUUGGUGCUUUGUUGUUAAAAAUUUGAUAAAUAUAAAGUGAU